AAUAAAUUGUAGCAACAGCCUUCCUAAGAAUACAACUACAUUUUGUUAAUUUUCUAUCCAGUCAAUUCAGAUAAAACAGCAUGAACCAUGUCUCGGUAACAUUAAAAUUGAUAAACCCGAGGAUGACCAUGACCUUCACCUUACCUACAUUUCAUAUGCUACUUUUCACCUCUUCAUAUCAAUCAAUCUCCUCUCUGGUUUCCACUACAAUCAAAUCAAAGGCAUGAAUAACCCACCUGAAUCCGAUCAAAAUCACACCGAAUUCGUUGAAGUAGAUCCCACAGGAAGAUACGGUCGGUAUAAUGAAAUUUUGGGCAAAGGAGCUUCCAAGACAGUGUUUAGGGCAUUUGAUGAGUAUGAAGGGAUAGAUGUGGCAUGGAAUCAGGUGAAAUUGUAUGAUUUUCUUCAAAGUCCUGAAGAUCUUGAGAGGUUGUAUGGUGAAAUUCAUUUGUUGAAGACUUUAAAGCAUAGUAAUAUCAUGAAGUUUUAUACUUGGUGGGUUGAUACAGACAACAGGAAUAUUAAUUUUGUUACUGAGAUGUUUACUUCUGGCACACUUAGGCAGUAUAGGCAGAAGCAUAGAAGGGUUAAUAUCAAUGCGAUCAAGCAUUGGUGUAGGCAGAUCUUGAAAGGGUUGGUGUAUCUUCAUAGCCAUGAUCCGCCUGUGAUUCAUCGGGAUCUUAAAUGUGAUAAUAUUUUUAUUAAUGGUAAUCAAGGAGAGGUUAAGAUUGGUGAUUUGGGCCUAGCUGCUAUCCUCCAUAAAUCGCAUGCCGCCCGCUGUGUUGGAACACCUGAGUUCAUGGCUCCAGAGGUUUAUGCUGAGGAGUACAAUGAACUGGUUGAUAUCUAUGCAUUUGGAAUGUGCGUUUUGGAAAUGGUUACCUUUGAAUAUCCGUAUAAUGAAUGCACCCAUCCAGCUCAGAUCUACAAAAAAGUUACUUCGGGGAAAAAGCCUAAUGCUUUCUACAAAGUUAAGGAUCCCGAGGUGCGCCAAUUUGUCGAAAAAUGUCUCGUUACAGUUUCUCAACGACUUCCGGCAAUAGAGCUACUUAAAGACCCUUUUCUCCAGCCUGAUGAUUAUGGGUAUGAUUUGAGAGCAAUCGAUUAUUGUAGAGAGUUCAAUGGAAUAGAUCUCAUGAAUAACCAUCAUAGUAAUGGUUAUCCUGUUGACAACGAUUUACAUGAUUUUGGUUAUGAAUGGGAAACCGACUUGGAUUAUCAACAAGGUGGAUUUGAAACAACAGAAAAUGGACUAGUCACCAGUCAAGAAGUUGACCAUCUUGGUGAAGUCAACAUUUCUAUCAAGGGAAGGAGAAACGAAGAUGAUGAUAUUGUAUUGAAGCUACGGAUUGCAGAUAAAGAAGGCCGAGUUCGGAACAUUUACUUUCGGUUCGACAUUGAAGCCGACACAGCAUUUGACGUUGCAAAUGAAAUGGUUGCUGACCUGGAUAUUGCGAAUCAAGAUGUUCAUAAGAUAGCCGACAUGAUCAACGGUGAAAUCUUAUGCUUGGUGCCAGAAUGGCAAACAGGAUUAAACUUAUUACAAGAAGAUCAUCAGUCAGAAAACAAGUUAGAAGCAGCCAACGGUUCAAGACAUGAGUGUGCAUCCAUUCAUGGUCGGUUUGAAGAAAUAACAUAUCAAAAUGAUGUUUCUGAGCAAUGUGUCACAGAUGGUGCACCGGUGCUAUCGAGCCAGUCAGAUGAUAUACACUAUUCUGAUACAUGGCUGCAACACGAACCACCUGAACCCGAAUUGUACCAAACGAAAGUGCGCGAUGAUUAUGAAAACGAGGUUCAACAGGAAUUAAGGUGGCUCAGGGCCAAAUAUCAGAUGCAGCUUAGAGAUCAACAACUAGGACUUGCAUCGAAUCCGUCUCGCGGUUUUAACAUAAAUUUGGAUAAAAGAAUAUGCAUGAAAAACGAAAAUGAGACGUUUAAUGGUUAUAGGGAAUUGCUUCCUCAACAUCUUCAUAGGGCUAUUUCCCUUCCUGUUGAUCCCAUUGAUGUUUGAAAUUCUUCUAACUAUUUUUAGCAAUAUAUUUUUACCUAAUAAACUUAUUUAUAUUAA